CGCAACCAUGUCCGAGGAGAAGCCCAAAGAGGGAGUGAAGACAGAGAACGACCACAUCAACCCGAAGGUGGCCGGGCAGGGCAGCUCUGUGGUGCAGUUUAAGAUCAAGAGGCACACCCCACUGAGCCAGCUGAUGCAGGCCUACUGCCAGAGGCAGGGGUUAUCCAUGAGACAAAUUAGAUUCAGGUUUGAUGGGCAACCAAUGAAUGAAACAGACACUCCAGCACAGCUGGAGAUGGAGGAUGAGGACACUAUUGAUGUCUUCCAGAAGCAGACCAGGGGAGCAUGGGAGACCAGCUGCCUGUUGAUAACAGGAGUUAUUUGUGAAUUUGAUACUCACGAUACAGAUCUCAUAAAGUUGUUCAAGGUCAUAUGA